AUAUAACUUCUCCGCUUACAAUCAUACUAGAAAUUUUAGCAUUUAAGACAACGCAAAAUUAUAAUAAUGAGUUCAAUUGUGGAGUUGCGAGUUGGUAUUGACUGCUUAGGAUGCGAGAACAAAGUGAGGAAAGCUCUCCUCAAACUAGAUGGAGUCAACAGUGUUGAGGUGGACCUACAUAUGCAAAAAGUAACAGUGACAGGAUGGGCUGGACAAAAGAAAAUAUUAAAAGCCAUCAUGAAAACAGGGCUAAGAGUUGAGCCAUGGACCAUAUGUUAUAAUCCUCAAUUUCAUGAUUUCAAUCAUUUUUAUGAACAACAUAAGACAUUCGAAUGCUCGGCUAACCCUUCUUCACAUCGCAGAAGGGGUAAAAUCGUCCAUGAACAUACUUAUGAUCCUUAUCCCUUGGCCAAUGAUGAUGAUGGAUUCAUGAUGUUUAAUGAUGAUAAUACUAGUGGAUGUUCUAUUAUGUAGUGUGUGUAAGUAUAAGGCUUCGUUUAGUAGGGCGUAAAACGUUUCGUGGAAAACUGUUUUUCUCUAUUUUCAGUUUUACAUUGUUUUGUUGGUAAAUUAGCGUAAAGUCAUUUUCCCUUGGAGUAAAAUUACUCUCCCAAUAAUA